UAGGCUUUUCUGCCCCAAGCUCCCUGCAAAGAAACAAGCCCAGCAAGGCUCCAGGAGGGCCUUCUUUGAUCAAAGCAGUUCCUUUUUGGGCUCAACUGGAAAAGUUGUUGAGUGCAAGUUGUGCAGACUGCUCAAAUCCUGACAGUGGUGGAACACAAGGCUUCAAAUGAGUAAGCAUACUUCUGGAUGGUUUUUGGUGGCUUUUCACACCUAGUUGUGUUUGAGGCUUCUGAAGGCAUGUUUUUCUGAGUUGUAAUGGGUGCUGUGAUGCCAAGUUAGGAAGUCAGGACCCAGUGAGCAAGGUGGCAGACAGAAGAGAGGCAAGAAGACCUGAACAACAAGACUGGAUUUCUACCAUUGCAAUUGGGAAGUAGUGAACAGUGGUCAUCCCAACCAGAGCUCGAGGCAAGAGAAGUCUUGAUACAAAAGAAACAAACUCAAAUAUCACAUUCUUUUUCUGUGGUUAGAAAAACAGAUGGAAUAUUUCAAGACUUCCUUACCUGCAAGACACAUCUUUGACAAUCUGGCUCUGGAUGUGCAGGCGCAGCGGGCACGGCUCACGGGACCGGCCACUCUGCGGCAUGUGGGAUUCUCCUGGACUGAGGCAUGAACCAGUGUCACCUGCAUCGGCACGCAGACUGCCAACCACUGCGCCACCAGGGAAGCCCGGGAUCAUAACUUCACGGCUUACCUUGAUGAAUAUACUGAAAUAUUCAAGAUGGGCAGCAACAGUACCAGCAAUGCUGAGAAUCACUGCAAUGUCACUAAUUUGACAUUUCAAUACUCCCUCUAUGCCACCACCUACAUCCUCAUAUUCAUCCCUGGUCUACUGGCCAACAGUGCAGCCUUGUGGGUUCUGUGCCGCUUCAUCAGCAAGAAAAAUAAAGCCAUCAUUUUCAUGAUCAACCUCUCUGUGGCUGACCUUGCUCAUGUGCUGUCCUUACCCCUCCGGAUUUACUAUUACAUCAGCCACCACUGGCCUUUCCAGAGGGCCCUUUGCCUGCUGUGCUUCUACCUAAAGUAUCUCAACAUGUAUGCCAGCAUUUGUUUCCUGACAUGCAUCAGCCUUCAGAGGUGCUUCUUUCUCCUCAAGCCUUUCAGGGCCAGAGACUGGAAGCGUAGGUAUGAUGUGGGCAUCAGUGCUGCCGUCUGGGUCAUCGUGGGGACUGCCUGUUUGCCAUUUCCCAUCAUGAGAAGCACAGACUUAGCCAACAACACUGAGUCCUGCUUUGCUGAUCUUGGUUACAGGAAAAUGAAUGCAAUGGCUUUGGUUGGGAUGAUUACAGCUGCUGAGCUGGCAGGAUUUGUGAUCCCAGUAGUCAUCAUUGCAUGGUGUACCUGGAAAACCACUAUAUCCUUGCGACAACCACCAGUGGCUUUCCAGGGAAUCAGUGAGAGGCAGAAAGCACUGCGGAUGGUUUACAUGUGUGCUGCAGUCUUCUUCAUCUGUUUCACUCCCUAUCAUAUUAACUUUAUUUUUUACACCAUGGUAAAGGAAACCAUCAUUAGCAGUUGUCCCAUUGUCCAAAGCUCACUGUAUUUCCACCCUUUUUGUCUAUGCCUUGCAAGUCUUUGCUGCCUUUUGGAUCCAAUUCUCUACUACUUCAUGGCCUCAGAGUUUCGUGACCAACUAUCCCGCCAUGGCAGCUCCGUGACUCGUUCCCACCUAAUGAGCAGGGAGAGUGGUUCAUCAAUGAUUGGUUAAAAAUAAAAUAGCUCUUUGAUUAUGGCUUUGUUUAACUAUGUUUCCUGGCUUUUUCCAAAGGUGGAAAUGACCAGCCAGACAAUUUUGUUAAUUGAACUUUGGGAACAACAGAAAUAGUUGUGCUUACAGGGUUGUGAUGGUGCAGGGAGAGUGUGAAAAAUGUGGGAGAGGAAGGGAAGAUGGGAGUUGUAUGUUUCCUCUUUGAAAUUCAAGGCACUUUCUUACUUAAGAGAUCUAGAUCAAGGCUUUACAGAUGUUUUAAACAAAUGGAAAUUGGAUAUUUUAUCUUAAACCUUUCUUUAUUAAAUGUGAUGUUGUUAAUGAUACAAUAAAUGCAUGAAUCUUUUCCAGAAUGUAAAAACAAAUCUCUUUCAUACGAAGACCAUUAUUUGUGAAUGAGAGCAAAAAAAUCUCCAGUCUUUCUAAGGUAUAAAUGCACAGGCAAGGGGGUGUGAAUGUUGAAGCAACAUGUGCAUCAAUUUUAGGGCACAGACCUCUUAUUGAAUAAAGGGCAUGGGAAUUUGUUCAUUCAUUGAAAA